UGCGAUAAUGUUUAUAUCAUUUAACUGCGAUCAGGACUGCUAAAUUUUCGCGCUCGUAUCAAUCUCAUAUACUUGAACAUUUUCUUUCAUCUAAUCACUAGUAUAGAUUUGGUAUUUCACGCGUUAAGUACAUAAGGCGAAUUUGCUAAAUCUAUUUGAAAUAUACGUGCCAGAAUCGUGGAGUACUUUUUAAAUUAUACCAAUACAAAAAAAUAUGUACUUCAUUGUGAACAUCGCACUUGUCUCACUUUUAUUGUCAACUGCCGUUGGACAUGUCAUACUGUGCUACUAUGGAAGCUGGGCUGUAUAUAGACCAGGCAAUGGGCUAUUUGAUCCAGAGCAUAUGGAUCCCACAAUAUGCACCCACAUAAUCUAUGCUUUUAUUGGAGUUUCUGCUAAUGGUUGGAUAACCAUAUUCGAUCCAUGGGCCGACUUACCAGAAGGUGGUGGUAAAGAUGGCUUUCGAAAAUUCGUAGGCCUCAAAGAGAUCUCACCAAGUACUAAGGUAAUGAUAAGCAUUGGUGGUUGGAACCAUGGCAGUACUACUUUCAGUCCAAUGGUAACCGAUCCAACGACUCGUGCAACUUUUGUAAAAAAUGUUGUUACUUUCCUUAAAACGUAUAACUUUGAUGGUUUGGACGUCAAUUGGGAGUAUCCUGCACAACGUGGAGGUAUAAGUACCGAUGUGGAGAACUAUGUCUAUUUACUGCAAGAAUUAAAGGAAGCUUUUGAAGACGAUGGAUAUAUUUUAACUGCUUCAGUUGGUGCUGUAGAGUCAAUUGCCAGUCAAUCAUAUGACAUUCCUAAAGUGUCAAAAUAUGUGGAUUUUAUUAGUCUGAUGACGUAUGAUUUGAAUGGCUCUUGGAACCGUGUGGUUGGAAUAAAUGCACCUUUGUACCCUGCCAGUCAUGAAACAACAGCAGCACAAUUGCAGCUUAAUGCAGAAGCGUGUGUCACCUAUUGGCUGAAUAAUGGUGCAGAUCCUAAAAAAAUAGUAUUGGGAAUUCCACUGUAUGGCAGAACAUUUACUCUAGCCAAUCCAGAGAACAAUACACCUGGAAGUACAGCAAACGGUCCAGGCAUAGCAGGUCCAUAUACUCGAGAAGCUGGAUUCAUUGGAUAUAAUGAACUGUGCGAAAAGAAUUUAACUGAGAAAUGGACGACUGUCUGGUUCGAAGAACAGAAAGUACCUUAUGCCUACUAUGGUAAUCAGUGGAUAGGAUAUGAUAACGAGCAAAGUAUAUCAAUCAAGAGUAAAUACAUCAUAGCGCGGGAAUUAGCCGGCGUUAUGUUUUGGAGCGCAGAGACUGAUGAUUUUCGUGCAAUAUGUCAUGACACAAAGUUCCCUUUAAUCAAAACUGCUUACAACAUCUUCAUGACGCCUUCCGAAACUACUUCAGACCCGGAUGCAAUCAAUGAAGAUAACGGGCAGGACGAAGACAGUGAAAAUGACGAGGAGCAUAAUAAUAGCAGUGAACACGAUGAUUCAGAUAUAGAUAAUGAUUUAAGUGAAGAUGAUGUUGAAGAUAACACUUCAAUUGCUAAUACCAAUGAGGUCACUACUACUUCGAGUAAUGAUAUCGAUAAAUUCACCACUUCACCAUCAACAUCGAAUGUCGCUUCUGAAGAAGUUACAACCGUUGCAUCAAGUACUACCACUAAAAGUUACAUUAUAUCUGAUACAGUCUGCACUGAAAAUGGCUAUCACAGACAUGAAACUGACUGCAGAAAAUUUUGGCAGUGCGUAGGUCUGGCAUCUGGCGGGUACAUAGGAUAUUUACUAGAAUGCCCUUCCCCGUUGGUUUUUGAUAUUACUCUAAACGUAUGCAAUUGGGCCAGCGCAGUUGAUUGUUAGUAUUUACCAAUAGAUAUCGUUGUAAGUAACAGUCUAAUUGUGAAACAACUUAACUGUUUAGAAAGUAAAUGAAUACGAAUUAAUAUUGACAUAUUGGUUGAGUAUUUCGAAUAAGCAUACGAGACGAUAGCGAUUAUUCAUUAUAUAUUUUCUUCUUUUA